CGCCGUGCUGCGUUGAUCGAUUUGAAACUUCGUCAAGGGUAUACCUGGGCCGAAGGAACUUCCGGGAGUACUCCCUAAACGCACACACACACUUAGAGAAAGCAACGAAGAGUCUAUCACGACGGUGCUCAAAUAUCCCACCACCAGUCUCAAGAAACUAUCGCUAUUGCACAAAACGAGGCCCAUCGACUGGCCGAUACUUGCACUGUUUUUUUCGAAAUCGAACUCUCAAAAGUUUGCUCCACUCUAGUAGACUUACGUGCGAUUACAGGAAGGCUCUAUUGAGUUUUGUCAUACAGUAUAUCCUUCUUCGCCGGUCUUCAUGCAAAUUAAGCUCGUGCUAGUGUUCACGGCUGUCUUGUUUCAGUUGGGAAAUGCCCACGGCGGUGUGCAUGUAAUAUCAGAGCUAACUGACCCUGCGUUUCUGCUUGCUGGAGCUGUUGUAGCUGAGGACGCUGUCGUCUAUAUCGCGGGCAACGGCGUUGCUGCUGUUAAUGUCUCUAACCCAACACAGCCUGAGCUCCUAGUGUCACUAAGGCAUCCGUUGCUCUUUGGUUGUGGCGGCUUGCACAUUUAUCGGUCCGCAGAUGAGGGUAAUUUGCGCCUUGCCGUGACCUGCAGUUCGACAGACACGCUCAUGCUGAUUGACGUGGAAAAUCCACGAGAGUUAAAGGUGCUAGGGACAAUAUCUGAUUUCGUUGUGCUGAGUCGAGCUGCGGACGUUGUAGUAAAAGGAAAUCUCGCUUUCGUUGCUGUGCCUGGUGCUGCAAGUGUUGUAUCCUUUGACAUCACCAGCGAAGCAAGCCCGGUACAUCUCAGCUCCAUCAAAUUAUCGGGAGCAGAUUCAGUUAGUCUGCUUGAUGAUGCCCACCUAGUUGUUGCCUCGGAACGUGGGAGACGUGUAUCUACAUUGUCGUUCAGUCCCCAUGGCGUUCUGUUCAAGAUAGGUUCCAUAAAGGAUGAGCGCUUCGAUGGUGUAAUAAGUAUUCUGAAGCAUGGCACCUUGUACCUUGACUUCACUUUCGUUAUCUCUGCAGCAAAUGGGGGAACCUUUGCUGUGCUGAAUACUACUUCUCAAAGUCGUCCUUCAAUCGUUACUGCUAUGCAAGCAAGUGUUAGAUUGGCUCGACCAGCAGCUACACUCAAAAACGAAGGAAAAUAUGACGAGUUAGGCGUUUCAUAUAUAGAUGCAGGUUGGGCCCCAUACGGUCACAAGUCAAUUCUUGGUGCAACUGGAAUGGUUCUAAUAGAAAAUCUUAUUUAUAUAGUAGGAAAUACUGCCGGGACGAUUUCUGUCAUGGAUGUUUCAGAUCCAAGCAAGCCACGCAUAAUACGUGAGCUCAAUGACGCUCGGCUGAUUGGCGCUGCAAAUAUAUGCGCAGCGAAUUAUGACCAAGAGUCUAUUUCUCUUGAUGGUGUUCUUCAGAUUCUCGUUGCUGCGGUGCCAUCAACAGGUAAACUUGUUCUCCUAAAAGAUACUGUUGAAAGACUGAGUAUUCAGAGUGCUGAACUUUGA